UAACAUUAAAACCUCAGGCGGCCCAAUACAUCUCUUUCCUCUUUGAACUCUCUCUUUCUCACAAUCUCAGCUGCAUAACUCCCUCUUCAAACUACCGGUAGUUGUUACUUUUCACCUUUCCGAUUUCUUCACUUUUUCCACAAAUCCCAAUUAAAUUAAUCAAACCCCAGAACCCCAGUCCUAUACAGUUUAAUCUAAAGUCAACAUUUUCCUGGAGUAGUAUAUUUUAUGCAGAGAUUAGGGAGGCUGAAGAGUUAAUUUUAUAGGUGAGAAUAAUGGCCGAGCUAAACCCACUUGACGGACAAAUUAACGGCGGCGGCGGCGGAGGAGGAGGAGCAGGAAAUGGGGAGACGAUGGUGGGGACGGCGACGAAGAGGCAGAGAAGGCCGAGUGUGAGAUUAGGCGACAUUGGAGGCGACCCACCACUGGCGGCCUAUGAACACCUGCACCAGCAACAUAGGAGGGCCUCAUCCAAGCAGCAGCUGCAGUAUCAAUGGAAGCAGCAGCAGCAGAAAGGUUCGAGAUUGAGAAAUAAUGAAACCCUAGCGGUGGAUAAGAAUGGGAUUAGCAAUAGCGAAGAUGGGAUUGAGGGUUUUGUUAAUGAAGGCGAGGAAGGUAAUGAAGGGGAUAUGGAUUUGGAUAGGGUUGCUAUUGGGAGCUGGAAAACUUUUCGGGAUUCGUCGAUGAAAUCGAAGAGGGGGAGAGGGGGUUCUAUUAGGAAGAGGGUUAGGUCGAAUUGGGUUUCGUCUAAAGUUGAUGAAAGUGGGAAAUUAUUGACCAGUGGAGGUGAAGGGGAAGGGGAUGGGGAAGAGGGUUUUCAUUUGGACAAUGAUGAUGGGAUGGAUAGGGAUUUUGCACGUGAAAACUCUGAUGAGGAGGUGGACAGAAAUGAGAGCCCAAUUCGUUCUUUUGAGAAUAAUGAUGCGGAUAUUGAUGUGGAUAGAGAAAGAGGGUUUUUGAAAGUAGGGGAGAAAAACAGGAGAGUGACUACUAGGGUUUCUGAUGAAAUGGAGGGGCCUAGUGAUUCGGUAGAGAGAAAUGGAGUGAAGGCUUGGUUGAACCAGUUGGGCUUAGGGAGAUAUGCCCCAGUUUUCGAGAUUCAUGAGGUGGAUGAUGAGGUUUUGCCAAUGUUGACACUGGAGGAUUUGAAGGAUAUGGGAAUUAAUGCUGUUGGGACGCGGAGGAAAAUGUAUUGCUCAAUUCAGAAGCUCAAUAAGGGAUUCUCCUAGAUGAUGAAGUUUCUGGCAUGUGGAAAGAGAAGAUUUAGCAUCAAGAGUUUACUAGGAGGGUUGGGCGGUCAGCAACCAUUUGGGGGUAUCUUCUUUGCAGCCUAACAUAAUAGUUUUGCAGAAUUAUGGUUUUUGUUUUAUGAAUUUCCCUAGAUUUUGUGUUUUUUUUCUAAUCGAUGUCCGCUCAUGGUAUAUAUUGUUCUAGUUAGUCUUGACUUUGCUGAGGUAGUUCAUAGUUAAGAGUAUGCCAAUAACUGUUUAACCGCAAGGUCAAACUGAGUGAUGAUAGAUUUAUGUGAUAAUAGUUGCUGUAACUUCUGUGAUGAGACUCUCUUUUGCUUCAACAAAAUUCUCCUCUCUUUUUAUGGCUUUUUCUUCUGAACUAGUGCUUGUGAUGGCUUUUUCUUCUGAACUAGUGCGUGUCCUCUGCAUUAUGCGUAUUGUUCAACUUAAGUAUGCUUUAUGUUGCUAAUCUUUUUAUUUCAUACUUAAGCACUAGAAACGAGUACCUUUAAUGCAUAUAUAUAUAGUAAUCUUUGAUUGAAAGUAAUAUGAUUGAGAUUGGGCCAGAAUUAAUAGCAUCUUGAACUAUUGUCAUUUUCCGGUUUGUAGUCACAUUAUGACCACAGCAGUGUAGGCCAGAAUAUUUCAAGAUUAUGACUUGCGCAAGUUGAUGAGCAAGUUCUCCCCUCCCCCACAACAACAAAAAAAAAAAAAAAAAA